AUGUCAAGUUCUCUUGCAGCAAUAAUAGGAGGAGCUGCAGGAGCCGCGGCAUUGGUAGGGAUAUCGAUAAUACUUUUAUGGUUUUGUUUGUUUCGCCAAACAAGCGUUUCUAGAACUUCAGAGACAGGAUCCUCUGAUCCUUCACAAGUGGGAAGACAUGGUGGAAUUGAGUUGCAAAUGCGAGAUACUAGGCGUUUUGCGAUAGAUGAACUCUCUCAUGCAACAAAGAAUUUCACUGACAAAAAUUUGAUCGGAGAAGGAAAAUUCGGUGAGGUUUAUAAAGGCUUACUUCAAGAUGGGAUGCUUGUAGCCAUCAAGAAGCGUGGCGGUGCCAAUAGUCAGGAAUUCGUUGAUGAGGUACGUUAUCUUUCAUCCAUUCAACAUCGGAAUCUAGUUACUCUUAUCGGCUAUUGCCAAGAAAACAAUCUACAGUUUCUUAUAUACGAAUAUGUGCCUAACGGAAGCGUCUCAAGUCACUUGUAUGGUGCUAGUCAACAACCACGAGAGAGGCUAGAAUUCAAGCAUAGACUCUCAAUAGCUCAAGGUGCAGCUAAAGGUUUGGCUCAUCUUCAUUCUUUGAGUCCGCGUUUGGUGCAUAAGAAUUUCAAAACAUCUAAUGUUCUUGUCGAUGAAAACUUCAUUUCUAAGGUCGCAGAUGCAGGACUUCGUAAUUUUCUAGGGAGAGUUGAAAUUGUAGGCUCGUCUUCACAGGUGGCAUCAGAUGAGAUAUUUCUUUCCCCCGAGGUGAGAGAGUUCCGACAAUUUUCUGAGAAGAGCGACGUGUAUAGCUUUGGGGUAUUUUUGUUGGAAUUGUUGAGUGGGAAGGAAGCAACAGAAUCACCCUCUAUAAACACUAGUCAAAAUCUGGUCGAAUCGGUGCUAAGUAAUCAAGACAGUAGCACCAUGUCUGCAAUCAUUGAUCAAAGAAUGGAAAGUAGAUUCACAGCUGAAGGAAUGGAAAACUACAUUCUACUCUUGAUAAGAUGUUUGGAUCCUUCAAUCGAAAGAAGACCUUCGAUGAGCUACGUCGAAAUGGAACUCGACCGAAUCCUCGAAAAAGAGAUGAACUUAACAACAAUGAUGGGUGAAGGAACACCAACUGUAACACUCGGAAGUCAAUUAUUCAAAUCAACUAAAUAA